UACCCCAGAUGGUAAUUAAGAAUGAAGAACACGGAAAGAGGAAAUGAAACUGAACUUGGACAUGAUUAAAUCCAAAUUUAUGCUGAUUAUCCAUGAAAUCAGAUCCUAUAAAUAUAUCUUUCUUCAUGCUCUUCAUCUCCAUCUAAAUCCUUAUUCUCUACCUCUUCUUAGUUUAUAUAUUCACCCAACAUGGCAGAAGAUGCAUCAACCACUGAUUCCACUAUUCCAACCCACACAAAAGCUUGGUACUACUCUCAACAUGGUAGACCCGCUGAUGUUCUUAAGUUUGAUCCUAAUUGGCCCUUACCACAACUCAAAGAUGAUCAAGUGCUCAUCAAGGUCAUAGCAGUAUCCCUUAAUCCAGUUGAUUACAAGAGGAUACAUGGGGAGUUCAAGGACACUGACUCUUAUCUACCUAUUGUGCCUGGUUUUGAUGUUGCUGGCAUAGUGGUAAAAGUGGGAGGAGAAGUAAGGAAAUUUAAGGUUGGAGAUGAAAUAUAUGGUGAUAUCAACGAGGAAGGUUUGUCGAAUCUUAAGAUUCUUGGCACUUUGUCAGAGUAUACUGUUGCAGAAGAGAAACAAUUGGCUCAUAAACCAUCCAAUCUAAGCUUCAUUGAAGCUGCUAGCAUUCCUUUGGCAUGUGAGACUGCCCUUGAAGGUUUUGAGCAUGCUCAGUUUUCUGCUGGUCAAUCUAUCCUUGUUUUGGGAGGAGCUGGUGGAGUUGGAAGCUAUGCCAUUCAGCUCGCCAAACAUGUUUAUAAGGCAUCUAAGAUAGCAGCAACUGCAAGCACAGGCAAACUUGAACUUCUAAGGGAGAUAGGAGUUGACUUUCCUAUUGAUUAUACAAAGUACAACUUUGAAGAUCUUCCAGAAAAAUACGAUCUGGUGUAUGAUGCAGUAGGGCAGACUGAAAGAGCCUUUAAGGCCAUUAAAGAAGGUGGAAAAGUUGUGUCAAUAGUGCCACCAGCAUAUCCACCACCAGCAAUAUUUUUUGCGCUAAGUUCAAAAGGAUCAUACUUAGAGAAACUGAGACCUUACUUUGAGAGUGGUCAAGUGAAGCCUAUACUUGAUGCCAAGACUCCAUUGCCAUUUUCUCAGCUUAUUGAAGCCAUUUCCUACUUAGAAACUUCAAGAGCCACAGGAAAAGUGGUUAUUUAUCCCAUUCCCUGACCACAACAUAUGAUAAACUGAUCACCAUGUUGUUAUGGUCAAUGCUAAUGGUGAUGAUGAACAUUUUUAAGUGUGUAUUAAAUUAGCAAGUUUUGCAUUACUAUGUUUAUGCAUAUAAAAAGUAGCCUCGCUGCUGAAAAAUAAAGAUCGAUAAUGGCUGUGUUUGUUGACCUCGUUGAUUAGAUGAGGUAGAACCUACUUCAAUUAUUGGCCUCAACUUUUUAUUAUAUUAAUAGGGUAAAAUGUAUUUUUAAUCCAUAAAUUAUCAUACGUUUUUUUCUUUUA